AUGCAUGCAGUGGCAGAGAGGCGGAGACAAGCAGCAGCCCUGGAUAUAUGUUUGGGGCUGACUGGGGCCCUCCCCACCUCCCCAUCACCAGAAGAGCUGGUUCCAGUACACGCUGUGGCUGCUGUGUGUCAGCGGCUAUCAGAAGACACGGAGAAGGAGCUGCAGCCUGUCUUUGGGCGUCUGCUGUGCCGCGCCGCGCAGCACCUGCCUUCGCUGGGGGAGUUUUUGUCUUCGGUUGUUUUUCCUUCUCUUGUCGCCCGAGAGGCGUGGCUGUCUCCUUCUCUAUGGAAGGGGGUCAGCAUAGCUGUGGGGGCGCUGUGGCCUUCACACAGCGAAGUGCUGCUGCAGCACAUCCUCAGAUUGCCUCAGGAGGCGGGGAAGCCGCUGCUGCAGCAGCUGCAGCAGCGGCUGCCGAUAGCAGCAGAACUUUCAGCUCUACUAGCUCAAGACCCUGCGGCCCGGCAGCAGUGCCCCCCCUACCUGCAGGUGCUGCUGGGCCUAUCGAGGUAG